AAUGGCGGAGACACGGUAUAAGUACCUCUCCUUGUCUGAUCGCAGCAAUCUUCAUCCACCUUCCACCUCCCAUCCCCCGAAUUUCUCCCGCCAAUAACCUUUCUUCAUAAUCACCAAGCUCAUUGAUUACCAUCUUAAUUCCAUCACCUUUAUCAUAUCCGGCUGCGCGUCAGAAUGGGCGUCACCUUCUCUAUGCUCAACUGCCUGGUCCCUACCAAGCGUGCACGUGCAUCUGCUCAAACCAGCACACCUCCUACCUCGCCCCCACAAGACUCGGAGCUCCUCACCAUACUCCUCACCACCCCGACCGUCCCCGAGAUACAGAAAUCCACCAGCGAGCUCAUUCACCCAACUGGCUGGACCGAUUACCUCGCCCGCGGCGUCCUCGCGGGCCUGGUUAACGCGAUCGAACAAAACGCCUCAAUGGCCCAAGCAGCCACCGAGGCCCUGCGACGCGCCUCCGAGGAAGCCUUCGAGUUCGCACAAGAACACCCCGUGUAUACAACCAUCCUGGCCCUGGGAGUGUUGGUGGCACUCAUGCCGUGGGUGCUUGAGGUGCUUGGAUUUGCCGAGUUGGGCCCGGUGGAAGGGUCAUUUGCCGCGUGGUGGCAAAGUCGGUAUGCGGGAUAUGUGCCGAAGGGAUCUCUGUUUGGUUUCUUUCAGAGACUUGGGAUGGUCUGGCAUUGAUAUCUGAAGCUAGAGAUUUGUGGAUGGAUGGCAAGGUAGUGAUUUAGCACCUUGAAAGUGAAUAAUUGAUGACGGCUGUAUACUGGGUUCCCAUAAUACACAUAAUACAAGAAGACAG